AUGGAGAGCGCAGCCACCAGACCCUUGACCGCUCCCGGCUCUGCUGUUCGCCCAUGUUCUGGCAGUUCUUGCGCUGCGCCGGACAAGAGCGUGGGCACGGGACACGACACGGUUUUUUUCCCCUUCGUGUCCAACUGCUGCUAUUUUCACCCGAUGUUCUUCCAUCCAGGCUCGUGUUGGGACAGGAUGAAGGGAAUAGAUAGAAAAAAGCACUGGGGCUCUGCUGAUCUUGGUCUGGUCUCGACCCUUCGGCUCGGGUUCUCGGGUCUGACAAAGAAUCUGUCAACUGGAGAUCAAGCAAACGGACCAGAUGAACGGUUGGCCUCGGCUGCUGUUUCUAGAGAUUCCGAGUCGCGACUCGGCGCGUCUGUCUCUGGUGGCAAUCUCAUGAGUGCAAGAUGUCUAAUUGAAUACAUUGAAUACACCCUGUACACCGAAAACGAUGCGCUGGAAUCCCAAAAGUCUAAACGCGGAAAGUGUCACGUAGUCGGACCGGUCGUGUCGAGGUCAUUUGACGAUCCUGACGAGAGUAGUUCGAUAUGCUUUCAUCGCUUGCAUCGUAACAAGCGCCGAAUAGACGAAUUGCCCGCCCGCAACCCUGGCUUGUAUGUAGCGAGUCUAGGGAGUCUGGAGAUGCGUGACACUUUUCUCCCAUGGCCGGCGCAGGAGUGCGGCGGGGGAGGGGGCCAGCUGUGCGCCAAGCCUGAACGUGCCGAGCUUGGCCCCGAGCUCAUGCAGCGAUAA